AUGGAUCUGCAAGAAACCGAAAUUUUUACGCAAGAACACCAACCGAUCGCUUCGACAUCGACAGCGGCCCCGACAAAACCAAAACAAACCACGCUGAAAAAAAGGCCAAACGCCAAACUGGGGUUUACUUCCGCUCCGCACCACCAACCGAAAAAAACGAAACAACCGUCGAACCAAGUUAUCGAGUUGGUGGAUUCGGAGGACGAGACAACGGACAGGACAUGGCGAGAAAUGCAGUCGACAACACUGUUAAACCUACCCGUGAAAACCAUAGUCGAUUUGGCCGACUUUACUCAUUUUUCGGGCUUCAUGGAAGUGUUGCUCACCGAGGACGUGCCGAUCGAGUCUCUGAUGUUGAUGCCGACAGUCGCGGUGGUAAUAAUGAUGGCCAUAUUUGUCAACAAGAACCCGAUGCCGAACAUUUCCAAGGCCGAAAUAUUGGCGACGUUGUUAAAUUUCCAGCUUUGGAAAUGCCCGACAUUGAAUGUAAUGCAAGAUCUCAAGACGAAGUUAUACUCGAUCCCGGUGUGCCGCAUUCCAAACACCGACGACUCGUCGAACCUGUUCGACACAUACAUGAUCAUUUUGGGCCAGAUUUACUGGAAGACAACCGACUGCUUGGAGAACACGCCGCUGAGUUGCAUCAGCGAUAUCUGGGAAGCCGUUCCGCCUACCUCACGGACAUAUGUGUCCCUGAGGGACGCGAAGAGUUUGUUAAACUUUAUGCUGAACUCGCGGUGGGACUCCAGCAGUGCGAUCAGACAACCAGAGAGCAGUUCAGAAUUAUAUCGGAACACGGCGACCACGUCCACGUCGUGCACGCCUGCUCUUACUCAAACUCAGCUUGUCGCUGUGCCUGGCUCCGUCAUAGCACCGUCUGGAGGGCACGGCGACGAGUUAGAUAUCGACGACGAGUUUUCCUCGCUGACCUCAAAACUGUCGACUGGGAGAAUAUCAUUAGAUAUUUCUCUGCAAAAGGAUACUCAGUCAAAAACAGCGAAGGCCCACGUAAUUAUGGAGGAUUACGUGUACGAAUUGAAAAUGUACAAGAAGGAGGAUAUCCGGAACUUGGAUCGCUCUCAGUGGUACACCCGUGUCCACGUGAAGGCGGUGGGGACGGUCAAGCAGGGACAUCCGACGAAAAAAAAAUUAGACGGUCUGGUUGGAGAUCUGAUGGCGGAUUUAAAAACGAAAUCCAAUUUACGGAUGGAGAAGAGCUACACCUAUGGCCAGAAACAUUAGAACAAUUAUUGCUAACAUAUCCUUGCUGCCCGCCAGACGCUUUUUUUAAUAUAAAAGAAUUUUACAAUAACCCCAAACUUAAUUUUCUCGACGAUACUUCCAAAAAAGUUAGGGUCGCCCUUCGCAAUUGGUGUGCUCGUAUCGCCGAAUGGACGAUAUCGGAUUUCGACAAUUUUUACAAUACCCCCGGCAUCUUUCCCUAUUUUAACGCGUACGCUCGGCAACACGAUAGCGUAUACUACGACGUCGACGUUUCGGUUAAAAUCGCCAAUGACUUGUUGGAACUACAGUUUCAAAAUGAUUCGGAUACCAUCUCGAAGUUCCUCAAGGACAUUUACGAUAUCUGCGACAAAAAAAUACCGAAACGCAAUUCGAUGUGCGUAGUAAGUCCACCAUCUGCCGGCAAAAAUUACUUUUUCGAUGCUAUUGCGUCGUUCUUUUUAAAUUACGGCAUGUUCGGAACGGCUAAUAAAACAAAUAACUUUUCGUGGGCAGAUGGUGCCGGCAAACGCCUCGUGUUGUGGAACGAGCCAAAUUAAAAAGCCAAAUUUAACGGGCAACGCCAGGGUUAGGACAGCAAGUACAUAUUAUAAACACGAUCCCUGAUGAAGAAAUAUUUGAUUUUACCAUUAACUAUUCACAACUUGGAAAAAAUAACAUACAUUAGGAUCCACGCAUUCAAUGUAACCAUUACAUUUAAAUAUUUUAUCCAUCGAUGGAUACAUGAACGAAUUGCAUUCAGAAGUAUUGAUGCGCAAAAGCCCUACAAUACAGUUCGACUUUAUAGAAGCCUUCGACAUAGUAAAUUAUAGAACCAUGCAAAACAUUUUUUGGGACGUUGACACAUUUUUUAACAUAUUUUUCUUCAUCCUUAGACAAUGUAAUCAAUAUUAUUUAAGUAGGUCAAUAAAAAAAAACAACCUACUCACUCCUCAAAGAGAACCCCUAUACGAUUUUGCAAUAUUGAACCAUUGAGUUCCGAUCGAUAAUAAUUUUGGGACACAAAUAAUUGUACAAUUUUAUUAAUGUGGCAAUAAUAAUAACGAGAGGGUAAUUGCAAUAAAAAUUAAUUUAUUAUUUGGAAACACUAUUUUUGAUUAAGUCUGCUUAUGAACAUUACUGGCUACCUUUUAUCGACUAGAUAUGUCUAGGUUUUCAUUCAACAUUGUUGAAAAAAUAUGAUGAACACUUUAUAGAAAACGUGCCACCUGCCAGUACUACUAACACAAUACUAAUAAUAUAAAUAAAACUGUAAGUUAAUAUAUUAUAGUAUAAUCAUCUAAAAUAACAAUACAAGAUAGU